AUGAAGACCGUCAAUGUUUUAUGGGACAGAAGCCAUAAAACGGAUUCCGAAUCCGACCUUGACGAGGAACUGACCAGCUUAUGGGUCGCCGAAGAGACAGACUUCUGCCAGGUUGUUGAUGAGGAGGAAGCCAGAAAGCGUUUAAAGAAACCACUAGUCCUUGCCGAUCUCAUUGAUGAAGAUGAAGUCGAGAGAAAAGUUUUGCUGUCAAAGCCAACGUGUUUCUUAAUUGUGGGGAAACCAUCUGUUGGGAAAAAAACUUUAGCUAAAAGCUUAGCACAGGCAUGGAAGUCAAUUUUGAUUGAACCCCAGCAACUUAUACAAGAAAACAUCGAUGCAAACACAGAAAUUGGGAAACAGUUUCAGGAGUGUCUCCUUAGGGGUGAGAGCAUUUAUGAGGAGCUGGUAAUAAACUUGAUGCUGGAUAAACUCCGCUCUCCAGAGGUUGCUCAUAGAGGUUAUGUUUUAUGUGAAUUUCCUUGCCUAUCCGAGGACUACUUGAAGAUCCCAGAACAAAUACAACUCAUAAAAAGUUUGGAGCUAAAGCCUGACUUUAUCAUUAAUAUCAAGUGUCCUGAUUAUGACUUGUGUGAACGUGUGUCUGGACAACGUCAAGAUCCUCUCACUGGGAAAAUAUACCAGCAAGAACAAUGGAACCCAGACAAAGGAGACAAAGAUAAAGCCAAAGCAGAACCUGAAGAAGAAGAGACUGAAGAAGAGGAGGAAGUAGUUGAGGAGGUUGAAGAGGAUGAAGGUUUAGAUCUUGAUGCAGGCCUUAUUGCACGUUUAGUGAAGAGACCCGAUGAUCUUCGCGCAAUUAUUGAAAAACAAGUCGCCCUAUACAAAGACAAAAUGUUGAGGCUUUUAGAGGAUUAUAUGGCUGAUCAUGAUCGACAAAAUGUGAUAGAAUUGGAUGGAAACAACAAGCCAGAUGAGUUGUUUGUGUCAGUGAUGUACAAAUUGGAAUUCCUGGGUUUACAACCUGCAGCUCUAGUACAAUCCCUAAAUGAAGAAGAUGAAGAAGAAACACCAGAAGAAAUUGAAGAUGAUGAUCUGUUCCGAUCUGUUGCAGCAAUGAAGCGUGUUGCGCCUGGAUACCGCUGGCGUAGGAGCAAGUGGGGUCGAGUGUGUCCUGUCUCUUUAUUUGAAGGCAACUACAUUUUGGGCAAAUUGCAGUUUGUUGCUAGCUAUCUGGACAAAAUGUAUUUCCUUUCAUCUGAGGAAACUUUGAAGAAGUUUAUCUCAAAUCCUCGACCAUACCUUCUCCCUCCACAGCCUCGUCCACCUUGUAAGGUUGCAAUAUUGGGUCCAAAAUCUGCAGGAAAGACCACUCUCUGCAAAUUGCUUGCACAGAAAUAUGAUGCAAAGGUUCUGGACAUGUUCGAGCUUUUGGAGCCACAACGAGAGAAAUUGAAGUUUGACCAUAUUGAAAAGGUUCGGGCAGAAGCACUGCAAUCAGCACUCGUUACUGUUAAAGAAAAUCUGGCAAAAACAAUGUUAGAAGAAGCUCAAGCUGAAUUUGAACGGCAACAAUCUCAGGCAGUUAAAUUAGAGAACGUAACCAUAACAGAAGAAGAUGAGGAGAGUGGUGGUGAAUCAAAAGAUACUGGUUCAGAAACAUUUAAUGUAGCAGCACCUUCCAAUGAUUCAGCGAAAGUACCUUUUGACAUUGAAGCUGUAAAGCAACAAUUGGAAAUUCCAGAGGACCACCCAGAUGUAAAAGAAAUUGUGAAUAAGGCUGUUCAGAAUGCGAUGCAGGAUGAUUUGCAAUUGCCAAUGAAUGACUACAUGGAUGCAUUGUUAAAAGCUCUUUCAGAGAUUAUGGAAGAACAGAAGGUGAAGAAUCCUGAUCAUCUUGUGGCUGGGGGUUGGGUACUGGAUAAUUUCCCAGAGACAAUGGAUCAGUGUAGAGUAAUGUUAGAGCUAGGUUUUGCUCCUGAUAAUAUAUUCCUGCUACAUAAUGCUGUGGAUGAUGGAAAAUUCUUGCUGAAUAGAUUGUAUAAUUUAAAUAAAGAUCUGAUUGAAAUCAAGAUGAUCCAUAGACUUAAAGAGGCAGAAAAAAAUAAACGUGACAAAGAAGCCACAUUAGCACCUGGAGCAGAGAAUCCACAAGCAGAGACCCUGGAGAUGAAAGGGGAAAGUGAAGUUGAAGGGGAAAUGAAGGAGCCGGCUCAAUCUAAAUCAGACCUUGAGAUUUCUGAAGUGCAAACCUCAACAGAAACAGAUCAAAUUGCAUCUGAUCAACAAAUUACAAUUGAAUCAGAACCUACGAUUGAAUUGGAACACUCACCUGUAUCUGACACUCAAACAGAAAUAGAACCCGAGCCUGAAAUCACAUUACCUGCAGUUCCUGAGGGAGGUUAUCCAGAGGGUCCAGAAAUGGAUCAUUAUCGCAAGAUUAUCUCUGAAUACGUACAUGGAUUCAGCUCAAUUGAAGUAGUGCUUCGAACAACUGUAUAUAAAAUGUUGGAGAUUGCGGAGAAAACUCCAGAUGCUCUUUUGAAAGAAGCUGUUGAAAUUAUGGAAAAACCCUUCAAGUAUUAUGGCUGGGAAUUAUCUGGUGCAGACUUUGACGAAGAACAAGAAGAUGCUGAAGUAUUAGCAGAGGAAGCAGAAGAAGAAGUUGCUGAAGAAGAGGAGGAAGUGGAGGAGGAUGAAGAAGAGGAAGAAGAAAAUGAAGAUUUGGCUCAACAAAAGAACAGACAGAUGGGAGAAAGUAAACAUUACUGUCCCGUGGUCUUAAAAGAAAAAGCAGUUCUUCAUCCAGGUGAUAAAGAAUGUGGUGCUAAAUAUCGAGAAAAAUAUUAUUAUUUUUCUCAUCCAACUGCUAGAGAUGAAUUCUUAAAGAAUCCAGAAGAAUAUAUAAAUGAAAAUGAACCUCUAAAGCCACCUCCAUUAAGGUUAUUCGUAUUUGGGGCUAAAGGAUCUGGUAAAACAAUUAAUAGCAGAUGGUUGGCAAAAAAAUUCGGCAUCUUUCACAUUCAGUUCGUUGAAUGUAUUCAGGAGCUCCUUUUCCCUAAAACUAAAAAAAAGAUUGGGCCUGAAUACGAUGAUGAACCAACAGAAGAAGAGCUGAUUGAAAUAGCAACCAUUGCAGCACUUGAAAGGGGUGAACCAGCUGAAAAUAUUGAGAUUGAAAAUGAAAAACCAGAGGAAGAAGAAGUGGAGUAUACUGCAGAAGAAGAAGCCAUGAAAGCAUACCUCCUUGAAGAUGAGCAAUUGCCAUCAGAAAUCCUCGAUAAACUUAUUCCAAAGUGGUGGAAUGAAGAACCAUUCAAAUCUACAGGGUUUGUUCUGGAUGGUUUUCCAGCUACAUCAGACGAAGUUCAGUACCUAGCAAAAUAUAGCUUGUUCCCAGAUGCAGCCAUUUUCAUUAAGGUUGAAGAGAGUAAUGUGAUAGAUUGGAUCCUUCCUUCAAGACUUGAAAAAUGGAAAGAAAAACGCAGACAAAAGCUAGAACGCAAGAAUAAAAUAAAAGAAUUGAAGAAAAAAAUAAGGGUAUGAUUAGGAGAACUGCUUGUAAUGAGAACUUGUCAACAAAGUGGCCUUUUGUAAUGUAUUAACUGUAAAU